CGGAGCCCACUAUCCGUCGGUCUUGUCCCGCUGUUGGUUGCCGGACUUGCCGGAAUCGGGACCGGCACGGUUCCAAGCGGGUCGCAUCCUCCCGCAUUCUGAGCCGGCGUUUGAUGGCGUCAUUGAGUCCGUCCUUACCCCUCUUCAAAACAUAAUAUCAACAGCUUCACCACCUUCGAUUCCUCGAAUCUCCUCGCAAUUUGAGACCUUUCUUGUUCCCUUUGUGUCACUAUUUCACCGCAACCCCUCACGCGGUGUGUUUGCAUGUCAACAAACACCAUAUAAACAUCGCCAUCGCUCCCCACAACCGUUGCCUUCUAGAUCAAGCAUCUAACCAUCCCAAACCGAACCAGAUACCCCUCAAACAACCGCCAAAAUGCCCCUCAUCGCCCAAUCCCCCAAGCCGCGCGUGAUCCUAGGUCUCAUGACCUUCGGCACCGACACCGAGACGGGCGCGCGCGUCACCACCGUCCCCGAGUUCGGCAAGGUUCUCGACCUCUUCCAGUCGCGGGGUUACAACGAAGUCGACACCGCGCGCAUGUACAUCGGCGGGAAACAGGAAGCCUUUACACGCGAGGCGGGCUGGAAGGAUCGCGGCUUGACGCUGGCCACAAAGGUCAUCUACCCCACCAACGGAGGAGAUAACACGCGGGAGAAGGUUCUCGAGAGCGCCGACAUUAGUUUGAAGGAGCUGGGGACGGAGUGUGUUGACAUUUUGUAUUUGCAUGCUGCUGACCGGAAAACCCCCUUCGCCGAAACCCUCUCCGCCAUCGACGCCCUCCACAAAGCCGGCAAGUUCGUCCGCUUCGGCAUCUCCAACUUCACCUCGUUCGAAGUCGCCGAGAUCGUCAUGACAUGCAAGUACAACAACUGGGUUCUCCCCACCAUAUACCAAGGCAUGUACAACGCCAUCACGCGCUCGCUCGAGACCGAGCUCGUCCUCGCCUGCCGCCGCUACGGCCUCGACAUCGUCGUCUACAACCCGCUCGCCGGCGGGCUUUUCAGCGGCAAAAUCAAGUCCCACGACAUCGUUCCCGAAUCCGGUCGGUUCUCGGACGUAAACAAGAUGGGCGUGUUGUACCGCGGCAGGUACUUCAAGGAGAGCACGUUCCGCGCGUUGCAGGUGGUCGAGCAGGCGGUGGAGAAGGCUGGACUCACAAUGAUUGAGACGGCGUUGCGGUGGGUGGUGCAUCACAGCGCGCUGAAGAUCACGGAUGGGAAUGAUGGUGUGAUUAUUGGUGUCAGCAGCAUCGAUCAGUUGGAUAGCAAUCUGGCGGAUCUCGAAAAGGGACCACUCCCCGAGGAGGUGGUGCAGGCGCUGGAUGAGGCGUGGAGGAUUACCAAGGUUGAUACGGUCAAUUAUUGGCAUGGAACGGUGGAGUAUGGGUAUGAUGUGAGGGAGGCGUUGUUUGGGAAGGGUGCGAAAUAGGAUAGCUGUAGUGCGGUAAUGAUGUUAUGAAUGGGAUGAACCAAUGUUUACGGUCAUGUUAGUGAGUAUUCAUCCUUAACCUCGAUGUGAAUGCUUGUGACAGUCUGAACAUAAGAACAAGUCUGGAAGAACUUGACUUUACUCGGUCGGUAUCGCCGUCGUCAAAGACGGGUCCGUCCUAUCAUCCCAUGUCGGGUAUUUAG